GAUUCAGCCAUUGUAUUUUUUUUCUGGCCACAUCCUCAAUUUAUUGUAGCACAUGUUUCGCUCGAAUACCGACAGAAAAUUAAUAGUUUUUUUCGUGGAAUACAUUUACCAUUAACAACGUCUAUGUUCUUCGCAGCUGAAUACGAUCGCGGAGUCGGGCGUACGUACGCACCUAGAUGAGCUACGCUUUGCAUUUUGAUUACACACAUACUGCGUCGCCUGGAUCUGGUUCAGUAGGACCGAGGAACUGAUUUCGUGAACAAAAAUGACAGAUCCCGUACCUCUUGAUCCCAAACUACGCAAUCAAUUGACAAGAUUUGUUCACACUGGGCGUGAGAUACCAAAGUACUACCCAGGCUGUUGGUUGUCUCAUAAAUACUUCGAAGACGACAAGUUGCAAGCCCUAAAUGAAGCCCUUCAAAAUAGAGCGAACAAUGUCGAAGUUGUGGAAGUCUUGUUGAAGACCGGCAAAGAUGGACAGUACACGCGCUUUGAGCCACUAGCUUUUGCUUUGGCAAAGUGCAUUAAACUUGGUUCGGAUGCCGUGAAGCAAGCUGCUUACAAGGCUGCAGCUGAAUUGUGUGUCACUCCAGAACAGCUAAUGAUCUUCAAUAGAUUUGCCAGGUCAUUGAAAACGGGCAAUGGUCGCGGAUGGUGCAAGAACGUCAAUGAGUGGUACAACAAGAAGGAUCCAAUGGAACUGGCCAAAGAGCUAACUCGUGUCCGAUCACGCCACGGACGCUCACACACCACGCUUCUGAGAAAAGCCCAUUACAAGACUCCUGAAAAUGAUGCCGCUCGCGACGCAGUGAUCAAGUACGCGAUUUUCGGCCUAAAACGGGCGAGGCAAGUAGUCGGCGACCAGGAGGGAGUGAAGGAGAUUUUUGACUAUAUACAAAAAGUAGAAGACAUGAGACAUUGUGAGGACCCGGUGGCCGCCGCCGCGCUGGCGAUGAAAUUUCAGUUUACUAUUGAUCAUGUCCCUGGACACUUGCUUACAUCACACGAAGUAUGGAACGCAAUUCUCCCGCAGUUCUCUCUAGAACAACUAUUAUACAAUAUCCAACGCAUUCACAACAUGGGAUUCCUGACUAGUGACUCGACCACAACAGCUAUCCUGAUAUCCUUAAUCACCAACCAGGAUGUUAUUAAGAAAUCGAAGGUUACUCCCUUGGCUGUCUACAUCACGCUUAACAACUAUAAGAAGAAGACAAAGCCCCUAAAACACGAGAAAGCCAAAGUGGCUUUGGAGAAAGAACAGCGCCGUCGCUCACGCCAGAUUUACGACACCAAAGCCGAACGUUGGGAGUGGAACGUCGCCAGGAGACAUCCUAAGGAAGUCAAGCAUUGGGGUAUCGACCACCCGCCGAACCCUGCAGUGAUCUCGGCUCUGAACAAGUUGAUCGAUCAGACGUGGCUGCUGACAGCGCCCACCAACGCCCGUUACAUGAUCACCCUUGACAUGAGACACCAUAUGUUCAAAGGUCGUCAUUUCUGUAAGAACUACGUAAUACCGAAGAAAGGCAAGAAAGUGUCUGCCAAGGCGACGGUGCCGCCCACCACCGGCGGCGGCGAUGCUGACUCCGAAAACAAAAGCAAGAAACAUUUGUUGGCCGAGUGCUUCUACAACAAGCAUGUCACUCCUGGUCACGCUGCUAUAAUCGUGGCCCUGCAAAUCUUAAAGCGCGAGAAAGAGGUGAAGGUGGCCGUCUUUACCGAACAGGGCAUUGAGAUCGUCUCCAUUGAGCGCAACUUCAGUAGCAUCGAGGAAGCUGAAUUCCAGUUGAGGAAAGCCAACCUCGGCCGCGUGCAGCUAGACGCACCGAUCGAAUGGGCGUCCAAGAACAACCAAAAAGUGGACGUUUUCAUCAACAUGAUAGACCGGUCCUCUCGAUAUAUGGAGCUCGAGAAAAAUGCGCGCGGGGGUCGCGGACCUGGUGGCAGAUUCGGGCCCCCGCCGCCAGCGAACAAGGAGCUACAAGACCACUGCCCCGUAAGGGCCCUUGAACGCUACAGGAAAAAUGCUAACAUACCCGAUGCUAAGUUGGUAGUAAUGUCGCUGGCAUCUCACCGCUCGGGUACAACAGAUGGCAGCCACGAGGGCAUCCUCGAUAUCGUCGGCAUCGACGAGCAUGUCCCACAACUGCUUGACGCGUUUGCACUCGGCCUAUUCAAAUGAUCACCCGGCAAACCGACCGACCGUCAACACGUUCGAAUCGACCUCCUUACCUCAAUGUUGCAAUCAAUUCGAAUAAAUGACAUUCACUAUGCUACAGGUUAGAAAGAGACAGAACUAUACGAAGAACAGAGAAGAAAUUCUUCAAUUGUAUAACACGUAACAAGAUAGAGAAAGAUAUAGUUGUCUGACAAUAGGGCGUAGCACUGUAUCUUAUUGUUCUAUGUUUCUCUGAAAAGGAUUCGUAGUUACAAUGUCCCGUCUAACACUACUUGUAGAUCUGUCCCUCUUUUUCAGACAAUUUGUGGAAAGUCACCCUGUCGGAAUUAUAAUUGCAAAUCUGUCCAAUGACAUCACGCCAAUUAGCCUCAGUUUGAAACGGGCAGCCAAGAGGAGAUCAAUACCCUAGAAAUUUCCGACGGGCUUAAAUAUCUCUCAUGCAAACCAUAAUGUGUUCCGAGAACGGCUUUGAAAGAAAAAAGUUGAAAUUAAAUAUUUAGAUUUAGCAUUGCAUUAGAGGUGUGUUUCGCUUAUGUGCGUUAUUAUUAUUAGUUUUAUAUUAAUUGAUUUUACGCCAGUUAUACGAUCUCUAGCACAAUUUUAUCGGAACGACUAAUUAAAUAAAAAAGCUCUUCGACGUAAUUAAGUAAUCACAACUAAUUGUCUAACGUUUCACUGUACUUGUAAUGAUUUUAAGAGUGAGCAGGAUAGAAUCAUAUUAGAUCUGGAAAUAACUAAGUGUGCAGAUUUUCGAAUAAUUUUUUGAACUGUUAAGUUCCUUCCAAAGCCCAUGCGGUUUGACCAAAGUCCAAAAGGCAUAGGACCAAUGAAACAUUAACAAAAAAUAUACACAUUGGAGAAAUUAUAAACGUUAUUUAGUAUUUGAUCUUGCAAAUUCUUUAAACGACAAACCGUGUUGAAUUAUAAAAAUAAAGUAUAAAAAUAUAUGCUAAAUUUGAAUAGAGUAAGUUAGUGCUGUGUUUGUUAAGUUUUGCACUCUUGGAUCAGAUAAGCAAUAAUUGUGGGUUGUAGCUUAAAAUGUAAUAAGAAUAAACAGCCAGGUUCGCCAUUUUAUUCCUUUGAUAAGAAACUUCCAACUAUAAAUGAUCAACUUUGAAGAAAUUAAAGUUUCUUUGCCUUCGUUACAUAUUAGUUAACGGUGUUAAGUAUCUUCACUACAUAUUUAGUUAAGCGUGAGCUUUUAUCUUAAGUAAGAAGUGUAUCUCUAGGUUAAGCUUAGUUGUGUGUAGCUUGAACUACUUAUAACAACAGGGUCUUUUUGGUUUAUCAAAAUGUUGGCACCUGGUGUUAAAGUUAUACUGUAUUAUUUCAAUCAAUAAGGUGGUGACAAAGCAGGGAAAUAUCUCUUUUAUUUGGAAUGUAUAAAAGAGCGUAUUUUACAGUCCGAUCUACAUCUCGCCUCCGUGUUUGUCCGCCAGUACUUUCAUGUUGUUAUUGUACUGAUGUUAAAUUGUGUUAUUAACUUACGUAUGCCACAUAUGCGGUGAUGGAGUGGUUGUGUGAUUAAUGUUUUUGCCAAAGUAUUUAUUGCAUUUGUAAUAUUACCGAGUACUGGCUGGCAAACUUUAAAAUGUCUUAGCAAAUAGAAACUAAAUAGUAGUAUACCUUUCGUAUAGUUCAAUUGAAAACAGGUACAUGCUUAUACUUUUGUGUGCUGGUUGUUUAAAAUUAUCUUGACAUAUUCAACAUGAACUUU